CCUUCCUCAGACCUCCUGCUCCUCCGCCCUGUUUCUGAGCUGAAGCUGUGGGUGUCGUCGGCUCCAUGAGGAUCACGGUCACUUUUAAAAGGAGGGAAGGAUGUCAACAUUUAAAGUGCUUCUCCUGAGAACUCUGGAGGACUUGGAAGCAGAGGAGUUUACUAACUUCAAAUGGUAUCUGCAGCAGGAGGACAUCCUGGAAGACUUCCCAGCAAUCCCAAAGAGUCGAUUGGAAGAUGCCAAACGUGUGGAAAUUGUUGACCAGUUGGUGCUGUCGUACUGCAUAUACACCAUUAAAGUGGUUAACCUGGUUUUACAGAUGAUUAAUCGAAAUGAUCUGGUGGAGAACCUAUCCAAAAAGGCUUUAGAGCCUGCCGAUAUUCUUGCUGAAUGCCAACAAAAAAUCAAAUCCAAGGUACAAAAAAAGUUUCAAUAUGCAUUUGAGAAAAUGACAAAGGCACGAAAUUCUAGGCUCCUAAAUGAAAUCUUCACUGAGAUCUUCAUCACAAUGGAAGACACUGGAGAGGUUAACAUGGACCACGAGGUGAGGCAGAUAGAAGAAACUUCCAGAAAACCAGAAGAAAACGAUGAGGCAACCAUCAGACAGGAAGAAAUCUUUAAACUCCCACCUGGAAGGGAAGAACCAAUCAGAACAGUGAUGACGAAGGGAGUGGCCGGCAUCGGGAAAACAGUCUUAACGCAGAAGUUCACUCUGGACUGGGCUGAAGGCAGAACCAACCAGGACAUCCAGUUACUGCUUCCUUUCACCUUCAGAGAGCUGAAUGUGCUGAAAGAGAGAAAGUUCAGCUUGGUGGCACUUGUUCAUCACUUCUUCACUGAAACCAAAGAAGCAGGAAUCUCCAGGUUUGAAAAGUUGCAGGUCGUGUUCAUCUUUGACGGUCUGGAUGAGUGUCGACUUCCUCUGGACUUCCACAACAAUGAGGUUGUGACUGAUGUUACAGAGUCAACCUCAGUGGAUGUGCUGCUGACAAACCUCAUCAGGGGGAACCUGCUUCCUUUGGCUCGUCUCUGGAUCACCACACGACCCGCAGCAGCCAAUCAGAUCCCUCCUGAGUGUGUUUCCAUGGUGACAGAAGUCAGAGGCUUCACCGACCCACAGAAGGAGGAAUACUUCAGGAAGAGGUUCACAGAUAAGAAGCAGACCAGCAGGAUCAUCUCCCACAUCAAGACAUCACAGAGCCUCCACAUCAUGUGCCACAUCCCAGUCUUCUGCUGGAUCACUGCUACGGUCCUGGAGAACGUCCUGGAGACCAGAGAGGGAGGGGAGCUGCCCAAGACCCUGACUGAGAUGUACAUCCACUUCCUGGUGGUCCAGGCCAAACUUAAAAAUGUCAAGUAUCACGAGAGAUCUGAGUCCGAUUCACAUUGGAAUCCAGAAAACAAGAAGAUGAUGGAGUCUCUGGGAAAACUGGCUUUUGAGCAGCUGCAGCAGGGACACCUGAUCUUCUAUGAAGAAGACCUGAGUGAGUGUGGCAUCGACAUCAGAGAAGCUUCAGUGUACUCAGGAGUUUUCACCCAGGUCUUUAGAGAGGAGAGCAACCUGUACCAGGACAAGGUGUUUUGCUUCAUCCAUCUGAGUGUUCAGGAGUUUCUGGCUGCUCUUCAUGUCCAUCUGACCUUCAUCAGCUCUGGAGUCAACCUGCUGGAAGAACAAACAACCUCUCAGUCACUUGAAACGGGAGGAAAUGAAGCUGCAGAGAUAAACUUCUAUCAGAGUGCUGUAGACAAGGCCUUAGAGAGUUCAAAUGGACACCUGGACUUGUUCCUCCGCUUCCUCCUGGGUCUUUCACUGCAGACCAACCAGAACCUCCUACGCGGUCUGCUGACAAAACAGAGAAUUUCUCAGCCCGUUCAGACCCUCCGGAGGGGUAUGACGAUGACAAAAGGAGAAAUCUCCCAAACCAACAAGAAAAUAGUUGAAUACAUCAAGAAAAAGAUCAAGAAAAAGAAUGUAACUCCAGAGAGAAACAUCAACCUGUUCCAUUGCCUGAACGAGCUGAACGACCGUUCUCUUGUCAAUGAGAUUCAGUGGCAUCUGAAAUUUGGAAGUUUCUCCACGGAGAAGCUGUCUCCUGCCCACUGGGCAGCUCUGGUCUUCAUAUUACUGUCAUCGCAGAAAGAUCUGGAAACGUUUGACCUCAAGAAAUACUCAGCAUCAGAAGACGCUCUUUUCAGGCUGCUGCCAGUGGUCAAAGCCUCCAAGAAAGCUCUUCUGAAUGGAUGUAAUCUGUCUCAGAGAAGCUGUGAAGCUCUGUCCUCAGUCCUCAGCUCCACGUCCUGCAAUCUCAGAGAACUUGACAUGAGUAACAACGACCUCUAUGAUUCAGGCGUGAAGUUGUUCUCCACUGCACUCAAGAGUCCACACUGCCAACUGGAAACUCUCAGGCUCUCAGGUUGUCUUGUCACCGGAGAAGGCUGUGCUUCUCUGGUCUCAGCUCUGAGCUCCAACCCCUCCCAUCUGAGAGAGCUGGACCUGAGCUACAACCAUCCAGGAGACUCAGGGGUAAAGCUCCUGUCCGCUGGCCUGGAGAAUCCAGACUGGAAACUGGAAACCCUCUGCCUGGACCAUUGUGGAGCUCAGAGACUGAGACCUGGUCUGAAAAAGUAUGCUUGUGACCUCAGACUGGACCUAAACACCGCUCACAGGAAACUGAAACUGUCUGAUGAUGGUAGAACAGCGACCCGGGUCAUUGAGGAGCAGCCGUUUCCUGAGCAUCCAGACCGCUUCGAUGUCUACUGCCACCUGCUGUGUCAGGAUGGUCUGAGGGGCCGCUGCUACUGGGAGGUGGACUGGGAGGGACUGGUUCACAUCGCUGUGACGUACAGACGAAUCCCACGGAAAGGAGACAGCGUUAAAAGCAAGUUUGGGGGCAAAGAUCAGUCCUGGAGUCUGAGCUGCGCUGAUGAUCGCUGCUUUGUUUGUAGUGAUGGAAAAGAGACUUUCCUUUCCUCUUCUUCCUCUUCCCCCUUUUCCUCUCCUUCUUCUUCUCCCAUCUCCUCUCCAUCCUCCUCCUCCUCCCCCUCUUCCUUAGUCUCCCACAGAGUAGGGGUGUAUGUGGACUGUCCUGCUGGAGGUCUGUCCUUCUACAGCAUCUCCCCAGACAGAUCGGUGCACCUCCACACCAUCAACACCACUUUCUCUGAACCUGUGUACCCCGCCUUCGGCUUUCGGAAAGUUGACUCGCGGGUGUGUUUGUGUCCUCUGUAGGUGGAGAGUCUCCUUUUUUGUGUCCUCUGUAGGUGGAGAGUCUCCUUCACUGUGAAGUUCUUUCAAAUGAUCAAGAAAAGCUCUAGAAAUGCAAAUUUAGUUAUCCAUAAAGAACGUCUCAGGCAGUGCCGGUGUUCUGCCAAGCUCCUUUGCCAAAAAAUGCUCCCUAAUGGUAAUCUACCUUUGUAGAGCUACAGUUUUACUGUGUUUUACUCCCGGCCUAAACAACUUCCUUUUCCCCCAAGUGGUCCUUGUCUCUUGCCAGUCCGUCAUUGUAAAUACGAAUGUUCUUAAUGACCUGCCUGGUUAAAUAAAGGCGAAUGAAUGAAUGAAUAUCAAAUAAAGCGAUAGAAUUGGGUUUUUUUUCCCUCUUUAUCGUAUAAUGUUCACAAAGUGUAAUGCAAUUCAUGUCAUGGGUAGUGUAUUUUGAAGGAUCAAAUACUCAACAUCCCAUAUUAUCGAUUUAGCGUGGCAAUCAAACUUUGAAAAUCGACUCUCCGCAUGCGCAGAACCACAAAGUAGCAAUUUCUCGGCAGGGAGCAGAAAUUGGCAGAACACCGGCCCAAGGCAUAAGCGAACUAAGCAGCUGCUUAGGGCCCCGUGACCACUAGGGGGCCCCCAAGAGUUAAAAAAAUUAAAUAAGACAUAAAAAAAUUUUAUGUGUGAGGGAUGAUUCAUACAUUAUCAAAGGUAUGUUAUUGUACAAAAACACAAUAAUUAUAAUUUUUUUGGGCUCUAGUGGCCCUUUAUUCAAGCUGCAGAUAUGAAAGGGGUAGAGAGAGAGAUCGGGGAUGACAUGCAGCAAAGGUGCGCAGGCAGGGAUUCGAACCUGCGACCGCUGCAGGAGGACUGUAGCCUCAGUAUAUGAGUCGCUGCUUAACCAACUGCGCCACCGAGCGGCCCAAUAAUUAAUAUUAUUACAUAAACAAUAUUAUGUUAACAGACUAGAGUAGAUACUGCUGGCAUAUUGACUGCUGCCUCUCGGCUCCAGAGCUGCUGGUCAUGUGUUCAUUCAACCCUGCAUUUCUCACGGCACUUCACAUCUGAGGAGUAGGUUGAAAGUUAUUGGUGAUGAGGUACUGUUUAUCUAAGUUGAGUGAUUUUAAUUAUAGUUCUAGUUUUUGUACUUUGUUGUUGCACUUAAUUGUUGUUAUCCACUUCAAAUUGUUGUUGCACAUUGCUGUUGCAGUUUAUUUCAAACCAAAAAUAAAAUAGAUAACGUGUUUACAGUAAAUGGUUUAUAAAUUAUAAAUGAUUUACACUUUAAAUAUUAAGCGUAAAUCAACCCCAGCCGCUCUUGUAGCUGAAUUUGCUCCCUUUUCAGAUUAAAAACCAUAGAUGGGUAAAAACCUGCCAGGCUGACAGUAGGAUGAUGGAAACAACACUGCUGUAACUGUGCAGCUCUUUGACGGUUUAUCUGUUGCUUCUCUGUGUGGCCAGUAGGGGCAGUUGCUGACUUUGUAAAAUAUGAAUUGAAAGAUUUUUCUGCAAGUUUGUUAAUCUGUUGUAGCUUCCAUGGUCUUAAUCACUGUGGAUUACAAUCUAACUACGACAAAAAGUUCUUACAUCUAGUUUUACAAGUGUAUUUGUAAUGACAGGGAAGAACAUGAAAUAAGUUUAUAGUGGGUGUGUGAAUGAUCAAUAAUCAGUAUUAUUGGCAGUAAUAGAGGGCCCCAAAAUCACAUUUUGCUCAGGGCCCCAUGGAGGCUUGGGCCGGCCCUGGUCUCAGGCAAUAAGAACUUGUAAAGGAGGUCUGAGGAACCAGUAACCUAUCCAAGAUGGCUCACAUGAAAGGGACUGGCUCUGCCCCCUCACAUAACUAAACAGGAUGAAACCUGCUGACGUUUCUGUUUCUGCCUCCAGAGUUCCAUCCACUCCUAUUAGCUUUCCUUUCAUCUUUUAAUUUUAAUUUUAAAUCUUUUUAUGAGCUAUGUCAGUUCCUCAUCAUUUCAUUAACAUAAAUGCAAAACUGUUUUGAUUAAAACAAAGUUUUUCUACCUGCAACUCAGUUUGUCUUUUGUAAUUUAUUUUAUUGUACUUGCUCAUUUUCAGUUUACUAAUUCAUAUUACAUUUACAUUUAUUACACAAUAAAAAUUCCACAGCAGAUUGCAACCCUAUUUGUCAUAGAUCAGUCACUGAGGCAGCGCAGAGGAGGAAAAGAGAGAACAGAAGAACGGAGAAUGAAGAACAGAGAAAGGGGAGACACAGAUACAAUGGCUAACUGGUGCAGUACAGGGAUGACAAGGAUAUAUACAGUGCCUAUCAUAAGUAUUCACCCCCUUGGAUGUUUUACCCUUUUAGUGCUUUCAUAAAUCAAUCCUGGUCAAUAAAAUUUGGCUUUUUUAGCCCAAAA